AUGGCUAACCCAAUGACUUCGAUGUUCUCCCUGGAGGGACAAACUGCGCUGGUCACAGGCGGGACCAGAGGUAUCGGCCAAGCUGCUGCUGUAGCGCUCGCUGAAUGCGGGGCAGAUAUCAUAUUGAUACAGCGGGAUAACACCCAAGACGCGACCUUGAAGUUGAUUGAGGCCACAGGAAGGAAAGCAACAGUUUAUACAGCUGACCUGUCUUCGCAAAAAGAUGUCGCAGCCCUGACGCCAUCUAUCUUGAAGGAUGGGCAUAAAAUCAAUAUAUUAGUCAAUUGUGCUGGAAUUCAACGGCGACAUCCCAGUGCCCAGUUUCCUGACAGUGACUGGAACGAGGUUAUACAGGUGAACCUGAACACGGUCUUCGCCUUGUGCCGAGAUAUUGGAGCUCACAUGUUGACCCUCGACCCUUCUCCCACCACCGGCCGUCGCGGCAGCAUUAUAAACUUCGCCAGUCUACUCACAUUCCAAGGUGGGAUCAACGUGCCCGCAUACGCAGCAUCGAAGGGCGCAGUGGCACAACUGACGAAAGCCCUAUCGAACGAAUGGACCUCGAAGGGCGUAACCGUUAACGCGAUUGCACCGGGAUAUAUUGCCACAGAUAUGAAUACCGCACUAUUGGCGGAUGAGGCCCGGUUGAAGAGUAUUACUGAGAGGAUUCCAGCUGGCAGAUGGGGUACUGCGGAGGAUUUCAAGGGGAGUGUGGUGUACUUGGCGAGUAAGGCGAGUGCGUAUGUUUCGGGACAUGUGCUUGUUAUUGAUGGUGGCUGGAUGGGACGAUGA